CUCCGUGGCUCAUUGAUUCCAUCCUCUAGGGGCGAGGGAGUGAGGGUCCCCGGGGCGCCGCCGGGCUCUGCGUCAUCCUAUAGGCCUGUGCUACACCAGCCGGGGGCUGAGGGCCUUGCACGCCCCUUCCUCUGACCCCUCGUGGCGGACCCUCCUUCUCCCGCAAGGCUUCCAAGGGCCGAGUCGCCCAGCCCCCUGCUGCCCGGUCCCGCUCCCGCUCCUCCUCCCUGUCACACCGUUCGAUUAUUAGAGCUGCAAAUCUCGCCCGUCUCCUUUUGUCUGAAGGGAAGACUUUGAUCCAAGCAAAGCAGGAUGAGAGGAGAAGAGAGGGAAAGGAUUUGUUUUAAAAAUGUAACGAUGAAUAAUUGAACAGACUCAUUAAGAGUCAAGUAAUCGCGGUGGCCACGUCAUCCCUACGAACAGCAGGAUGGGGAAUCUGAGGCCUGAGUUGGCCACAAGCUUCUCGCCCCUAAAAGCCAAAGAUUUGGGAGUGAAUUGGGUCUUUGUCUUUGAGAGCCGUGCCCCCCCCCCCCCCCCGCCCCCGCCGGGAUGGCUUUGGUCCUGCUCGCCCUCCCCUGGUCCUCUGGCCGCUGCCUCCCCCAACACGGGCCCUCGACAGAGGGUCAGAGGCUCGGAGACCCUGUGACAGGCCGCGGGGCCUUGUCACACCCUCUGAUGUCUUCCCCAGGUGGUUCCCAACCUGUUCGUCCUCAAGGGCACCCCUCAUCACGUCCUCCAGCAGAUCCCACAUUUUAAGAGACUGUCUUUGAAGUUACAAGCACCUUCAGUAAUGACUUUUUUUCGCUGUUUUUACUAAUCAGAGGCACAUCUAAUUGCUAACCAGAGCUUCUGAGCUGCAGAGGGUUUCACACUCAACGGUAGCAAAGAAAGACCAUUUUGCCAUCAAAUUAGUCCGUGGGGCCUUAACACAGGCCUAUGUAUGAUUUCUUUUACGCUUUUAGAAAUAUUGAAAAGAACGUUAAGGACCCCCAUGUGGCUGCCUUCUCAGGCUGCAGAGGACUUGAGACUUCAGGCUGGGAACCGCUGGGCUGGGACUUUCUCCACUAUUCUGUGCUCCCCCAGAAGCCAGACCCCGGCAGACGCUGCCCUCUGGGUGCUGGGCUACCUGAUCUGUGGGGGCUCAGGGACCCCCUGAGCCUUGUUUUGGGAGGCCAUCCUUGAGGGUUGAUGUCUCCUGUCACCAUGAUGCCAAGCUAUGGUAUUUGUCAUUGAGAGACGCCCAUUUGUCUGAGCGCUCAGGAGGCUCUUGCCGAUUCGUAACUAUUUGCCUGGGUCCCAUGUCUCUGUGUCAGGCUGUACUGCGAAUUCCUGAUGUGUUAGGGGUGAGGGAGGGCGGGAGGAAGUACCCUACAGGUUUUCCCUUACGGGGUCACCUGGCCUGCAGGCCGAAGUGUCCACACAUACACAUUUACCCCAACACUGUCCUGGCCUGGGGCUGGCCCACAGAGUCUUCUCCACCAGGAAUUAACACGCUCAGACCCUCUUGGGUCCAGAGCUCCUCCCAACACACCCAUGUGAUGCCCAAUACCUUUGUUACCUUCACGCUGCACCCCCAUUCCAGUCACAUUCCGCCAUGCACCCGUUGGCACCUACAGGCAUAUACCCUGAUGACAAUAGCGUGCCUUACCUUUCCAGCUGGUAAUGAAGACUCAGAGACCCUUAAUAGGGGCUCAGAUCACCCCCCAUCCCUCUUUCCCAAACCUGGUGUUCUGUGUGGUCGCUGGUAGAGCUUUUCAAACUUCCGUGCGUGUAAGAAUCACCUGGAGAACGUACUAAAACACAGAUGCUUGAGCACCGCCCUAGAAAUUCUCAUGGAGCGGUCUGGGACAGGACCUGAAUGUCCGCAUUUUCAAUCAGUUGCCAGGGGACGGUGCUUGGUCUAGCCAACUGUGUGAUGCCCCUAGUCUGGGGCAGCUGGAAUCAAACCCCCAUGCACCACACCUCCCGGCCAGCGCCGCUCUCGCUCUGUGCUGCUCCCAGAGGAGGGGGCCAGCCAGACCCCAGGGAAAGGCAGAAGGGAAGCGUCCUCGAUCAUCAGGGGAAUGGGCCUGACCGGGCACCUGGGUCCAGCCCAGCUUCCAGGCGAAGGGAGGGACUGGGGCCACCGGCUGAUCAGGUGACCGCUCCCCUCAGCCACCUGUGGCACCUGCGUCCACUCACCCUCUCUCCUUCGGCUGGGACCCAGUGAUCAGGCCUGGCCACAGCAGCUGAAGGUGUGACCUCUGCCCUAGGGGGCCUGUGUCCCUGGGAGGAACCCCUGCCUUCCGCCUACUCCCUGUCACUCUUCCUUGCAAACCCUCUGCCCUGGCUGUGCCUCGGGCUCUACUAACUACCUGCGCCUGCUGCCCUCACUCACAGCCGUGCUGUCCCUGCUCCUCUCCUGGCUCUUGCCCUCGGCUGGGGGCUGGGCAGUCCUGGAGGUGCCCUCCUCCUACUGCCCAGCUCUGCCAUUUUCUCCGCCUAAGGCAGCUCGUACUGGUGGGGGGCAGGGAGAGGGCCUAUGGCCGGAGCUCUUGGAGCACCAGACCUGCCCAGGGCUCUUCCAGGAGGUCUCUACUUCUCUGAGCUCAGGCAGGGGGUGGUAUCAUCCAAAGCCUAACGGCGAGAGCCUUCGGGCAAACUCUUCGAGGUCUAAACCCACCAGGCAGCUGGCGAGGGAUUGGGGCUGGGAGUUCGGAUCCUGGCUCCGUCACGGCCUCACCAUGUGUGGACAACCCACUUGUGCCGGACCUCAUUCUCUCCCUCUGUAAAACAAAGAGUUUGACCAAGGACAUGCUGAUCAGAUUGGCCCUGGGACUCUUUGGACCUGUGCUCUGAAGGGGGAUUUCUGGCAGCCUCGGCAUCUGCUGGUCUGGGGUUGGGACUGGGGCUCGAGCCGCAGACCUCAAGGGCCUGGCACCUGUCGCUACGAGCAGAUGCCCGGCCUCAGCCUUGUCCCCACCUUUCCUAUGGGCUGCGGGGAGGAGGGUCCCAAGCUAGUCCCAGCCCACCUGCCCUCAGACAGCCAGAGCAAGGCCAGAAGGCAGAGGUGGUGACAGCAGCCCCCUUCAGUUUGGGGCUGCUACCUAGUCAGGCUAGGGGGACAGGGGAGAGGGAGACUCUCCCCACCUCUCCUCUGCAUUAUCUUAGCUAAUAAUGGGGCUAAUAAGGAGCUGCUUUUUCUAACCUAAUUGUAUUCAAACAUUUUAGUUAAUUCUCCAUUCAUAUUUUAGCAUAAUGGGAUCGGGUGCUCUCGGCACUUAUGGAGAUUAAUGCAGAGACAGUGUUCCAGCUGCUAAGGCAACGCAGGGCGAUUAGCGCCCUCUGGUUCUUGUGGGUACUGAAGGAAGGAAGACGCCCGGCUCGCCGGGUCCACCCUCCACAAUCGCAGUGUGGAUGACCCGUGGCCUCAUGUUGUCCCUUGUCCUGAGCUUCUUCACCCCCACCCCGUCCUGGGGAUCAGGAGGGCCACCUGAGCUAACAAAGCCACAGUUGGCUGGCCCAUCUCCGAAAACGAGAUGAUGGCAUAACCCACGCUGUGGUGUGCCAGAACAUUCGGGACUUCCGGCCUCUUGGUUAUCCACACAUCGAGGCCGAUGCUGGAGAGUGGCGUCAGGCGAGGCCGAACGUGCAGCUCUUGGGCACUCUUCUUCCUUCGGCCUUGGGUGGGAGGCCACCCCCUGGCCACCCCCCAGGCCACCCCCUGACUCAGUUUCCCUCUCUGUGAAAUAGUCCUCUGCAUGGGGAAGGACACUUAUAACUGAGCUGGCCCGGACCCAAAGCUUCCUGCUGCCCCUGAGCCAGCCACCCCUGGCACCGGCCUCAGAGGCUGCAGCCCUCGCUGGCUGGCUUCUGCCCUAGACGUUCUGAGGGGGAAGGGCUGUCUGGGACCUGAGGCUGCCCCAAGCCUCCCCACGGGGAGCCUCUUCUUUCUCUGUGGCUGCCUGGGAGACCGAUCUGUCAACCGCCUCCAGAUGACAUCUAUCCCCAACUUGGCCUGGCCUUUCCUCAGCACCUGGAGGAGGGGGCCCCCUGCCAUCUUCUGCCCCCAGAUUCAUUCCGCCUGCUUAGCAGGCCAACCUUCUGGCACCAUGAUUUUAUAACUAAGUGGUUCGCUAAUUACAAGAGAAAUAUGCCUCUGACAGAUCUCAGACAGUGCUUCCAGCCCAGCCUGGAGCCUGAUGCUAGCCUGCCACUCGAGAGCAGGGCAUUGCCUCGUUAGAAACUGGGUGAGUCCUUCAGGUGGAGCCCUCCCACGUGAAUCUGGGGGAAGAGCAGAGCCCCGUGGCCUCCCUCUGCCCCGCACCCCCCGUGAGGGCACCGGAGGCCCAGGCCCCUGCCCCUCUGGAGGCCCUCAGGACGGGUCAGCGCGGCCGGCCAAGAGGAUGUCCAAUUUCCAAUCUCCGGUGUUAUCUCCAAAUCCCAGCUCUGUGUAAUCUGCUCUGCUCCCCCUCGGGGGGCUGAGCUUGAGAGCAAGGGCCUUUGCCUCUCUGCUGAUGGAGCUUCCUCUGAGCCUGAUAAGACCGGUUGUGUUUCGUCUUACCGAUCUGGCCUUGCUGCGGAACGCCAAGUCAAGGGCGUUGCGAGGGGCCGGCGGAUUUGGGAGGCUGCCUUGGGGAGGGGGCUCACCUGGUGUCUAAUGUGGGCGGGGAGCUCUGCAUGUCCUGACCCCUUCUGCACCCAACUGUGGCCAGUAGAACAGACGCUUGGAGGGCAGACGCGAGAGAGCUCCCCCCGCCCCCGCCCCGAGGAAGGCGGUGUGUGGAGGGCGAGGAUGCGGAUGAUACUGGAAUGUUUCAGCUCUGGCAUUAGAGGCUGGCGGCUGUGAGGGACUUGGGUGGAGGGGGCGCAGUGGGCAGGGGCCCGACGGCUGCUCUGCUCUCCCCCCCCCACCCCCCACCCCACCAGAGGCCCAGUGCAAACCCUACUAUUCAGACUACUCUCGCUUCCGGCUCCUCGUUCACCACUUGUGCACCAGCCAUUAUCUGGAUCUCUUCAUCACGGGUGUCAUCGGGCUGAAUGUGGUCACCAUGGCCAUGGAGCACUACCAGCAGCCCCAGAUCCUGGACGAGGCCCUGAAGAUCUGCAACUACAUCUUCACCAUCAUCUUUGUGUUAGAGUCGGUCUUCAAACUCGUGGCCUUUGGCUUCCGUCGGUUCUUCCAGGACAGGUGGAACCAGCUGGAUCUGGCCAUCGUGCUGCUGUCCAUCAUGGGCAUCACGCUGGAGGAGAUCGAGGUCAAUGCCUCGCUGCCCAUCAACCCCACCAUCAUCCGCAUCAUGAGGGUGCUACGCAUUGCCCGAGUGCUGAAGCUGCUGAAGAUGGCCGUGGGCAUGCGGGCACUGCUGGAUACGGUCAUGCAGGCCCUGCCCCAGGUGGGGAACCUGGGACUUCUCUUCAUGUUGUUGUUUUUCAUCUUUGCAGCUCUGGGUGUGGAGCUCUUUGGAGACCUGGAGUGUGACGAGACGCACCCCUGCGAGGGCCUGGGCCGGCAUGCCACUUUUCGGAACUUUGGCAUGGCCUUCCUGACCCUCUUCCGAGUCUCCACAGGUGACAAUUGGAAUGGCAUUAUGAAGGACACCCUCCGGGACUGUGACCAGGAGUCCACCUGCUACAACACGGUCAUCUCCCCCAUCUACUUCGUGUCCUUUGUGCUGACGGCCCAGUUCGUGCUGGUCAACGUGGUGAUCGCCGUGCUGAUGAAGCACCUGGAGGAAAGCAACAAGGAGGCCAAGGAGGAGGCCGAGCUGGAGGCCGAGCUGGAGUUGGAGAUGAAGACGCUUAGCCCGCAGCCCCGCUCGCCUCUGGGCAGCCCCUUCCUCUGGCCCGGGGUGGAGGGCCCCGACAGCCCCAAGCCCGGUGCUGCAGCCCACGCUGCCGGCGCGGCCUCGCGCUUCUCCUUGGAGCACCCCACGGUGAGCCAGCAGCCACCCCUGCCGAGAGGGGUGUGGGGUGGGUCCGGGUGGGUGGUGCGCAGGGAGCGGGCAGGCAGCGUGGCAGACCCCGGGGCCCCGCCUGACAGACAGCUGUUUGACACCAUAUCCCUGCUGAUCCAGGGCUCCCUGGAGGGGGAGCUGAAGCUGAUGGAAGAGCUGGCAGGCCCUGGGGGCCAGCCCUCUGCCUUGCCUCCCGCCCGCAGCCUGGGCGGCUCCGACCCGCAG